CCCGUCCCCACCUCUCUGGACAAGCUCCUGGCCAGCCAUGCUGCUGGGCAGCCUCCUCUUCGCAGUGGCCACCGUGACAAUGGCCCAGCACAAGGGCCAGAAAGUAAGAGGUUACCGCAGGACACACCGGGUCCAGCACGGCCAGUGCAGCUACACGUUCGUGCUGCCUGAGCUCGAGCCCUGCCCACCAGAGCCCGUGCCCUUUGGGGGCUCCAACAGCCUCCAGAGGGACUCGCCGGCCACAGGGCCGCACCUGGGCGGCUGGCGGAGCCAACGGGUGCGGCAGCUGGAGAAAGUUCUGGAGAACAACACCCAGUGGCUACAGAAGCUCGAGAGGUACAUCCAGAGGAACUUGAGGUCGGAGUUGGCGCAGGCCCAGAAGCACAUGGUCCAGAACCAGACAGCCACCGUGUUGGAGCUGGGCACCAACCUCUUGAACCAGACCACCGCCCAGACCCGAAAGCUGACCAGUGUAGAGGCCCAGGUCCUGAACCAGACGUCCCGCAUGCAGGUCCAGCUGCUGGAGACCUCGCUGUCCACCAACAAGCUGGAGAAGCAGCUGCUGCUGCAGGGCCACGAACUCCACCGGCUGCGGGGCCGCAACAGCGCGCUGGAGACGCGGGUGCAUGCCUUGGAGAUUCAGCAACAGGCCGAGCUGGCCAGCCUCCGCGGGGAGAAGGAGCAGCUGCAGCGCCUUCUGGGUCGCCAGAGUGGAGCCCUCGCCGGCCUGGAGCGCACCCUGCGCGCCGCCAGCAGCAACUCCAGUCUCCUCCAGCGCCAGCAUUGGCAGCUGUUGGAGUCCGUGCACCGCCUGGUGCACGUCGUCGCCCAGGCCCCAGCCUCCAUGAAGGCAGGGGAUCUGGAGUUCCAGGACUGUGCAGAGAUCCAGCGCUUCGGGGCCAAUGCCAGUGGCGUCUACACCAUUCACGUGGCCAAUGUGAUGGAGCCCAGGAAGGUGUUCUGUGACAUGGAGACCAGUGGAGGCGGGUGGACCCUCAUCCAACGCCGGGAGAAUGGCAGUGUGAACUUCCAGCGGAAUUGGAAGGACUACAAACAGGGCUUCGGCGACCCCGCUGGGGAACACUGGCUGGGCAACGAGCUAGUGCACCAGCUCACCAGCAGGGCGAACUACUCUCUGCGCGUGGAGCUGCGAGACUGGGAAGGCAAUGAGGCCUACGCCCAGUACGAGCAUUUUCAGCUGGGCAGCGAGGGCCAGCUGUACAGGCUUUCCCUGAACGGGUACAGCGGCUCCGCAGGGCGCCAGAGCAGCCUGGUCCUGCAGGGCACCAACUUCAGCACCCGAGACUCUGACAAUGACAACUGCCUGUGCAAGUGUGCCCAGAUGCUGUCUGGGGGCUGGUGGUUUGACGCCUGCGGCCUCUCCAACCUCAAUGGCAUCUACUACCCGGCCCGCCACAACGUGCGCAAGCUCAACGGGAUCCGCUGGCACUACUUCCGGGGCCCCAGCUACUCGCUGCGAGCCACGCGCAUGAUGGUGCGGCCCUUGGGCGUCUAAGCCAGCAGCCGGGCCUGGACCCAGAUCCAAGACGCAGCGCCAGGGCCUUGUCCUGGGCUCCUGGGACCUCCUGAGCCAGCCCUUCUUGCCCAGAAGGCCGGAGGAGGCACCUACCAGCCUCUCCGAGGAGUCUGCGGGUCCCUACCCCUCUGGUGCCAUGCGCCCAUACCUCCUGUACCUCCUGUCGCCCGCGGGCGGAGUGAGGACCACACACUUGGGAUGAGCUCAGAACAGACUGGCCGCCGCUCCUCCGACAGAUGCAUGAUUAUUGGCGGGGGUCUGUCGGGCAGGCAAGAAGCUGCCAGAUUCUGUCUCUAGAGUCGCCGGGGAGUCCUUCGAGCCUGCAGUGAACUCUCCUGGCUUUAAGAUGCCCUUGGACUUCCUGCUCAAGGCUGGAGGGGCGUCAUGCACUCACUACCACCCCUCCCCCACGAACAUAAGGCUUCCCCCCUCCCCCAGCCCCACACUGUCCCAGGGCCCAACAUCUAGAGCUCAGACCUGGUCUUGGACAGGUGGACGGGGUGGGGGUAGGGGCUUCCAGCAGCCCUGAGUGUCCCACAGGGGUGACAAGAGCAUCACGCUAAACCCCGUCCCCAUGUCCAAACAAGAUCUAUGGUCAUGUGAGAGAGAAAAAUAGCCCAUUAAAGCCAAGUGAAGAAGCA